AUGACUCCAAGAACCAAUGAUGUUGUUGACGAACAUGAAAUUUUAAGUUAUGUUCAACAAAGAAGAGCAUCGAUUGUUAGUGCUGGUACAAAUCAUAUACCAAAUCAUUUCCAUACUUUGACUAGUCAUAAGUCUAGAUCCAGUUUACACGAUAAUCAUUUACAUCAUUUGAAUUCAAAUUCAUCUUUUUUACAAAAUGAUUUAGAUAUUAGUGAAAUUUUAUCAAUUAAUUCUAAUAAUUUAAUAAAAGAGCCAGAAACCAAUUUUAAAACUGAAAUUCAAGUUUUAUUAAAAUAUUCUAUCCCACUUAUUAUCACCUUUUUAUUACAGUAUUCUCUUACUGUUGCCUCAGUCUUUUCAGUUGGUAGAUUGGGAUCAGUUGAAUUGGCUGCGGUUAGUUUAUCAUCCAUGACUGCUAAUAUUAGUGGAUAUGCAAUUAUUCAAGGGGUUUCUACAUGUCUUGACACCUUAUGUGCACAAGCUUAUGGUAGGGGUGAUUUCAACACUGUUGGAUUACAUUUUAUUAGAUGUAAUUAUUUAUUAAUGAUGUUAUAUGUUCCAAUGUUAAUAUUAUGGGUAUUUGGAUCCAAACCAAUAUUAACCAUGUUAUUAGGAUCUGAUUCAAGUAGAUUAAUUGAAUUGGCAUCAAGUUAUUUGAAAAUUUUAAGUAUUGGUAUUCCAGGAUUCAUUAUAUUUGAAAAUUCAAAACAUUUUUUACAAUCACAAGGAAUUUUCCAUGCAUCAACUUAUAUUUUAAUAAUUUGUGCACCAUUAAAUGCAUUUUUAAAUUAUUUGUUAGUUUGGAAUAGUAAAAUCGGAUUAGGUUUUAUUGGUGCUCCAUUAUCAGUUGUUGUAACCAAUUAUUUAAUGUGUUUUCUUCUCCUUUGUUAUAUUUUUUUAAUUAAUGGUUAUCAAUGUAUACCAAGACAAUCAAUUUUCAAUAAGGUGAUGUUCCAAAAUUGGAAUAAAAUGAUCAAUUUAUCAAUUCCUGGGGUUCUAAUGGUUGAAGCUGAAUGGUUAGCUUUUGAAAUUAUUACAUUUAGUGCAUCUAAAUUUGGUACUGAUAUUUUAGCAGCACAAUCCAUCGUUUCCACUACUUGUGUAUUAUUAUAUCAAAUUCCAUUUGCAUUAUCAAUAGCUGCAUCGACUAGAAUAGCAUGGUUUAUUGGAGCAGCAUCGAAAAAAGCCGCCAUUAUUUCAAGUAAUGCUACAAUCUUAUUAUCAUUAAUUGGAGGGUUAAUUAGUGGAGGGUUUCUUAUUAUAUUUAGAUCAUUUUUCGCUUCAUUAUAUACCAGUGAUUCAAAUGUUAUUAAAAUAGCAUCUAAAGUUUUAAUUAUUGGAUCAAUUUAUCAAAUUAAUGAUUUUUUGGCCGCUUCAACCGGAGGGAUCUUAAGAGGACAAGGAAGACAAAAAAUUGGAGGAAUUCUUUGCCUUAUUAGUUAUUAUUUGAUUGCAUUACCAUUUGCGUUUUUAUUUGCAUUUUAUUUUAAAUUAGAAUUAGUUGGAUUAUGGUUAGGGAUGAUCAUUGCAUUAUUUUUCGUUAGCAUAUCUCAAUGUUAUUGUGUUAUUACAAGUAAAUGGGAUCAUAUUAUAAACGAAUGUAUUAAUGAAGGUAUAUUAGAAGAUGGAAUAAGUAUUGAUGCUCAUUCAAUUGUUCCAUCAAUGAGUUCUUCCCAUAUAGUAUAA